AUGGCACUCACCACGCCGAGAAGUGCCGUCGUUCCCUACAGAGUACAGUACAGAACAGAUACGUCAUCCUCACCCUGUGGUUGGCAAAGGAACAACCUUAUAACCGUUAGGAAGACCCAGCAGGCAGCUAAGGUCAAAGCGAGAGCCAGAGAAUAUAUUAAGUUUAAAUCUGUUGAUAAAGAUGUAUGGCUGCCACAGACAACUCUUGAAUUACUCGGAAAACUUACGCAUUUGAAAGACGUUUAUCAUUACACAGAUGCUGAUGUGAAGCACAUUACUAAAACACUUAAAUUCGCAGUAGAUGAGAUGUCUGGUUUUAUGAGAAAAUCGGGAAGACCAUAUUUUCAACAUUGUGUGGGCAUGGCAGGUUGUUUGCUUGAUAUUGGAGCACCGAUUGAUCAUGCGCUGUCAGGUCUUCUUCACUCCAUUUAUGUAUUAUGUAUGUGCUGUCAUUGGUUUAUUAAAGGCAUGGCAGGCUGUUUACUUGAUAUUGGAGCACCACUUGAUCAUGCGCUGUCAGGUCUUCUCCACUCCAUUUAUGUAUUUGGUGCACAGGCACAGGCUCUAACAAAUGCAGAUGACGUUUGUGAGUUACGCAAAAAAGUUAUAGAAGUUGUUGGACUCGAAAUGGAGUACUACGUAUGGGGCUACACAAUCUUCCCGCGGGGAAAUCUUGAUGACAGCGCCAUGGAAAUCGCGAGAGAAGCUUUAGAUCGAGGACUUUAUGAAACAACAAAAAUGGGUCCAAAACUGAAAGAUGCUGUGUUGGGUCAUUUCUGUAAUGAGCUCGAUGAAUUCUACCAACUUGAUCAAGUGUAUUCGGGAAAUCGCAAACGAAGUCUCGCAUUUAGGAGAAAUGCUACGCAUAUCUUAAACAAACUAGGCUACCCUGAACUCGCAGAUAAACUACUAACUGUGUAUUCGAAACAAGAUCAAAUAGACAUUCCUAAUUCAAAAACGGAUCAACACCAUACAAAAACAGUCAGGCAGUUUGCAAAAAAGUUACACCAAGUAUUUGGGUCAGAUCCAAAAUAUGGUGCCGCACCAAGAAAAUUUCAUAGAAUUUUGAAUUUUGACAAAGUUGCUGUACAUGAGGUGAUGGAGAACUUUGAUAAGCAUUAUUCAGAGGUAGAGAACUUGUGUCCAGAUAUACCUCUGUAUGAACCUAAAGUGUGA